GCGCGAGCCUCGGAGGCGAACCGUGCAGCGGAGCCUUGCCAACGGGAGGUCCAGGUCGGACAAGAAAUGGUCCUCGAGCUCCAGGCCAGACAGGCGGUCAUGGAGACGCACCACGCGCCGCAGGAAAGACGCCCCGUCGAGUUCGGCGUGGAGCAGGCAGAGCGGGCAGAGUGCCGUGCCAGCCACCGCAACCUCGAGCAGCAGGCAGAACGAGCGCAGCGCGACGCCUACCAACACCUGCAGUGGGCCCAGCACGACAACGAGACGGCGGAGCUCAACAGCGCUCGCGGGCGCGCCAUUGUGUCGGGUAUGCUGGCGGGCAAGGCGCUGGAGCUCGAUAUCCUUGAAGAGAUGGCGGCUAAGCUGGCGGAAGACGGCGCAGUCAUGGACCGAGAUCAGGACGCAGCGGUCUACGCGUGCGAGGUCCUUGCUUGCUCCUUUGGCGAGAGGUCGCGCACCUCGUCGAGGCCUUCGACGACGCCCGACAGCGACUUCGGCUUGCAGGACCUCGGAGUCGCGCCUGCAGAGAGCAGCGCGACCCUACUGCCGAGGGAGGCGCUGCCGACGCCACCGCCCGCAACUCCACCGCCGUCAUGGGGGCCCAUCUUCAUAGAG